GUCAGUGGAUGUUUCACCCAUCUCCGAAAUGUGUCAACUCAGAACAUGCCGAAGAAGUUGUGGAAGUUGGGAAAACUGAACCACGUAGCGAUCGCCUGCCCCAACCUCGAGGCUGCCAUGGACUUCUAUAGGGAUGUACUGGGAGCAACUGUCGGUGAACGUAUGCCCCAGAAAGAGCAUGGAGUAUAUACAGUCUUUGUGACCCUUGGAGAAACGAAAAUCGAGCUCCUGCAUCCACUUGGUGAGAACAGUCCAAUCAGUGCAUUCUUGGAAAAGAACAAGAUGGGCGGAAUGCACCACAUCUGUCUGGAGGUGAGUGACAUCAAUGCAGCUAUUGCAGACGCCAAGGCUCACAAUAUCCGGACACUUGGAAAAGAGCCAAAAAUCGGAGCACACAACAAGCCAGUCAUGUUUCUGCAUCCAAAGGACUGCAACGGUGUGCUAGUUGAGCUAGAAGAGGUCUAAGCAUUGUCCAACUAUUACUAGCCACAGUAGCCAGUGCAGAAUUAACGCCAAAAACUAACAGAGAACUGAAAGUGACAUUGUGCGCGUAAACGAGGAUGUAGUACUUUUAAUGAUAAUGAGUAAUAUCCUUUCAUGAUGUCGUAAGUCCAAUUCGGUCUGGUGAGGGGAGGGGCUCUGCUUCUGGAAAUCGAAUAUGUUGGAUUGGCUACCUCUGCUCAAUAUUUGUUCUGUAUCGAUUAAAAAUAACUAGAAUCGGGUCACCCAUGUAAGUGUCUAUACUUUCUAUGGUGUAGUUACUUUUCUACCAGGUGGGUAACUUGUUACAUGUAUUGUUAAUGUUAAAUUAUUUUUUUCUUGCCGCAUCCUGUUUGGAUACUACCUACAUUCAAUACUCUUUCUAUUUUACGACCUCCCUUUCUAUACUUAAAGGCAUACUAGGCCCAUUGAUUAUGCAAUGUUGACGAAUGCUAGAGUAACUGGCACCUUGUGUAA